AUGCGGUGCGUGUGCGUGCGCGGAUCGAAACCAACGACGUUCUGCUUGGGCCUCGGCCCAGUUUCCUCUGUGCGGUGAUCGGGGAGGGGAGUCGGCGACGUCCUGCGCAAGAAGGAGUGCCUACACAGUGUGGACCCGGCGGCAGCCGCGUCCAUGGAGGCAACGUGCCAGCCAUGGAGUUGUGUGUCGCGAGCCCCGCCUGUGCCACUUGCAUCGGCAGCGACCAGCGUGGUGUACGACGACGUCGCUGGGUCACUCUGUUCUUACUCCUGGUCACUGCGGUGUCAGGUGUGCUGGGCGUCGUGGUCACCGAGGUGCGGCUCCUGUCGGACAGCAACAAGACUCAGUACGUUCUUCAGGGCGAGGGUGCCACGCUGCUCUGCUUCUUCGUGCUGUCGCCGGGAGAAGACCUGCGCCGCGUCCUCUGGUUCAAGGACGGCGCCGAGGUGUACGUGUGGCGCAAGGGACGCCGUCCGCUGGCACGCAACCUGUUCGACAAGCGCGUCGACCUGAGCAACCGCUCGCCGUCCUUCAUCACCAUCCUUAGCGCUCACAUGUCGAUGCAGGGAAACUACACGUGCAAAGUCGAGACGGAUCUGGGAACCUCGCAGAACGAUUUCUUCCUCACCGUCAUCGUUGAUUCGUGCAAGGAAGACAGCUGGACGACGUUCUCUGACCGCGUCUCGUGCACGGAGACGGUGGAGCUGGACUGCGGUGGCAUGUUCCCCAAACCUUCACCGGCGUGCGGGGUGUACAAUGACCAGACGGGCGUGUACCUGAACACGGUGCCGUUCGACCGCGUCGAGCCGGCGGCCAACUCGACGUACGAGGUGCGGCUGCACCGAGUCUUCCAGGUGCGAGACUGGCUCACCUUCCGAAACUUGACCUUCCGCUGCCACAUCAUCGUCCUCGGCACCGACUGGAGAUCCGGUAUCACGCACAAGCUUUUCGGAGACGCUGGCUGCCCGCCAGAGCCUCCGGAAAUCGUGAACGGCUACUACAACGUGAGCGGCGAGGAUACCUGCUGGCGCACUCCGUCCGAGGGAUCCGUGACGCGCUACUACUGCCUCGAAGGGUUCGAACUGCGGGGUCCUCGGGAACUGGUGUGCCGCAAUGGCUCCUGGGUCGUGCCGAGCCCUUUGCUGACGUCGUUAGGGCCACAGCAGGUUCCCCCAGCUGGGGAGACCAUUCAAGAACAUCAUCUGCGAAAUCAAUGGCCAAGCCAAAGUAGGAUGGAACACUUUGCUCACUGCCAUCACGACAACACUGCCUGCCAUGAUGUGUCUCUACCUGACGUCCUCCUCGACGUAGCACCGUCUGUGGCUCGUUGCUGGCUGCCACGGUGAACGGUAACAACGUUGAAAAGCGGCUCGAAUGCACCGCCGCACAAAACCGGAGUAGAAGAAUGCGCCACAAACCUGUUGGUUUCUCUCUCUAUGGCGCAGCUCGAAAGAAGUCCGCUUCCAAGAGUUUGCUUCAAGGGACAUCACCGGGACAUCUCCAGGACAUCAGGACCUUAGAGACGUCCAAGGGACAUCUUUCAAGGGACCUCACCAGCGUUCCAAAUUAUGUGCACAAUGCCCCCUUUUUGUGUGCGCGUAUUAGCCCUCGUGGACACCAAGGAAGUUCACUGCAGUCUUCAAUUAGUGAAUUAGUGCCAGCUGCUUUGUUGAGUCCUUCAGGCUGCGUUUUUCUACGUAUGCGUGUGUGUGUGUGUGUGCGAUGCAAAGCCAUGCCUCCGCACUCCUAUGAGCGUUCACACGGAAAUGGUGAUGGUAAAUAACUGCACAAUGGGUUUUAGAAACAAGUUCAGGAGCACGUCGAACACAAUUAGCUAGCGUCCAACUCCCUUUGUUAUUUCUGGCAUUGCGCUGAUCAUAAUGAGAAAACUUUAAACAAGAGAAAACUUCGCUGGUUCGAAAGGAACGUUUUGUAGUUGGGAAGUAAGCCAAGGAAACACAAGUCACUCCGUUUCUGUCAUUUUAAUUCUGGUUUCAUCUGCUUUCUAGGCUUAACAAUUUGACACGAUUGAUUGCUUCAGCACGGGAGGGCAGUAUAGCGGGUGAAUACACCGGAAUGAAACGCGCAUGCGCGAUGGUGUGUUGUCUUGGUUGAUAAGAACAGCCAAGACCUCUCCUGCAGUGCAUUUAUUUUCUGAUAUAAUACGGUCGUCAGCGAUAAUCAUCAAGAACUG